AUGAAGCCAUUCGAACUGCCCGCGGGCUUGCUGGUGGCGCUGUUUGCAUAUUCCAAUCUGAUUGAGGCCUUGUCAACACCGACCCCCACAAUCACUCAGAUUGCCUCGACAGGGUCCGGGCCCGAAUAUGCCAGUGCCUGUCAAUCGGCGUACUCCUCGUUCAACUCUGCAUCAAGCGCGUACCUCAAGGCACACGAGUACGUUUCCACCACAAUUCUGGCACUCGGAGGCACGUCGUAUUCCUACGUCGACUACAUUGCCAAUGCUAGUACGCUCUGCGAUGGACAUCCUCGCGUCACAGCAUCAAAUUACUCCACGCUGUCCUCUGGAACACUGACCUAUGUGAAUCCCGUGACCGGCUACAGCACGAUUGUAGGGACCAUCAACUCGGCUUUCAUGCAGCCGGCGCCGACGUGCAGUAUCUCGCCAUCGGACUGCGAUCCCCUCUGGGCCACAUACCUUUCAUCUCUCUCGGCGAGACCUCCUCAGAUUACUGCACCACCUCUGCAAACGCCUCCGUGUAUGAACCAAACCCAGGCGUCAUCAUAUGCGAGUGCUACCGAAGACGUUUACGGCUGUGGUCAAUGCACAAUCUACGGCGAGGGCGUUCAGCUCGUCUUCUGGCCGGUGCCUACUACCGUCAGCCGAGAUAUGUGCGCGAGUGAACCGACUGCCAGCCGCACACACUAUGGACCGGGCGCAGUCAUCUCAGCGUAUGCCGGCAAGUCUGUUGGAAACAACACUGGGACCGACGCCUCACUCCGGGGGUAUGCCACAGCUGAUGGGAAGGAGACCAUUGUCGCUGACGGGCACGUUUUCACCUCCGGUACAGCCUACAUCUCGAUUUCAUCCGUCUACGCAGUGGAUCGAUGUUCCAAAACCUUCGGUACUGGAGUUACAGACGCCAUCCUAGCGAUGCCGUCCGAGUCCGUUCUGAGUCUCCGCUAUAGUCAAGAUCAUUUCCAACAAGUCAUGACGACGGAUCAGAUCACUGGCUAUCCCGUCAACUACGCAGACUUCCACACGCCAAUUCCUUGGUCGGCGUGGAAUGGGCAGGUCAUCUGUCUCAACGAGCAAGACAAUCGCUGGUGCAACGUGAUUAAAGAGAACUACUUUCGUCCGCAGCUGGCCAUUCCACCUCAAAUUACAGACCUCAGUCCUGAAUUCAAGGGAUGUCAAAUGUGGUACAAUGGUCUUUGGGAUCCACCACUCGCGCUGACUGAGCGUUCGGAAGUGGCUAAGCCUACAUUGCCGGCGUCGUUCACACAGACCAAGGAGCCUGCCUCUCCCUCGUCGACCGUGGUCGCACCAACCGCCACGGCCACAACGACCGCUACAGCGUUGUCAAAUGAGCUUCCUCCUCCUACCUAUAGUAGUCACCCGGCCGAGCAGACUCAAUCUUCUGCCGCUAGCCAUGACGAGGAUCAGAAUUCUUCCUCUAAUGGAGGCCAGGCUACCUCCGACGGUGAUCAGACCGCUUCCAGCGGAGAUCAGGCUACUGAGCCGAAUGUCGCGGCACCAACAUUACCUACAGCAAAAGCUCCCGUCCCAUCAAACGAGCCGUGGACAGCCUCUGUCGAGAUCGGUGGACAAACAUACAUGGCGACCGGAUCGGGUAAUCACGCAGUUGUCGGCAGCGUCACAUACUCGAGCGGCGCCGCGGCACAGACACUGCCGAAUGGGAUUGUCGCAAGUUAUGGAUCCGAUGGAAUUGUUUUCGACCAUACCACCAUGAUUACUUUUGACGAUGCCCAACCUACAAAUGGACCCACCACUCCAGACGCGGAUACAGUUGUCGUGACGGUUUCUGGAAGUAGUGCAUUGACUGUAGUGCAGUCUUCGGAUGGCGGGGUGAUUGUUGCUGGAACGUACACUUUAACUCCAGGAGCUGGUGCUGUGACAUUGGAGGACGGACAGGUUCUGAGCGCUGCUACGGGCGGCGUGGCGGUUUAUUCGAAGAGCACGUUGAGUGUGAAGAACAGUCACUCUACAAGCGAUUCCGGCUCUGCGCAGCACGGUAGCUCUACUGGUGGCACAGGAGUGAGUCCGAGCACGACUGAGAAGGCUGAUGCAACCGGGGGUGGUGCUCAAUCUUCUCAAAACCCUGGUUCUGGAGCUUCACCAUUUUCGGCACCCGCAGUCACCUCCUUCAUCAUGGUUAUAUUUGUUACUGCCGUUCUUGCUGUGUGA